AUGCGACCGCGACCAGCAACUAUUCACGAAGGCUUUUCGUAUUGCGUCGACGAGAGCUAUCACGGCCUACCAGCUUGGGACUCGUCGACUCUGCCAAUGCACCAGCAGCAACAGCAAAACACGCCUAGCGACACCGUCUCAUCGAGACCAAUCUCAGUACACCAGGAGUUCUACCCGCCAACGACUUUAGAGAACGGUCACUGGAUGCAAAAGCCCGUGGAGGACAACUUGGAGAUGCAUGGCAUCGACACCGACAUGAGCAUCGGUCAAGCUUACACCACUGACGAAGCUGUCCCAAUCCUCGACCUGCGCUACCCCGGACAGCCUCUAGAAGGUGACGCCAUGAACUUCGAUAACGGUUUGAAUCCUCGACGUAUGUCAGGCUCGUCGUUCACCAUGUCCACGUCCGGUGGGCUGUCAGACAUGACAUCUUACGAGGACUUCUCAGCAGCUCUUUCCGAUGCUCCCUCAUUUAGCUCUGAAUACCCUCCACCUUCGAACAGGAACUCCAUGAUGUCUUCUACGCAACUCUCACCAGUGGCCUCGCCGCGCAUGACACCUCAGAGCCGAUCCGAACUUGUGAGGACACAGAGCCGAGGCCGCGCCUCGCCAUCCCCUCGACCUGGAAUGCGAUCCGCGCCAUACAGCGUCGACAACUCUCGGAGCAAUAAGCGUUGGUCGACUGGUUCCUACGGAACAAUGCCAAAUCGACGGCCAUCGCCCUUCGUGUACCAACACGGUCCAGAACCGUUUGGCCCGCGCAUGUCGUCCAGACACUCAUCACCUACGGUUCAGACCAGCCAGAUGCCUUUGAGCUUUGGCAACCUGCAAGCGACCCAACAACAGCAGUUCUUCAUGGGCCAAGCUCAUCCAGCCGCAUUCCAACGCAACAGCAUGCUGUUGCCCUCUCAACUGCCCUCUCAAGGCUUCCAUCCUGAUGCGCACCAUUUUGAAAAUCCGCCACCAUUGCUCUCUCACGGUCUUUUCCGCAUGCUCCAAAGCAAUGCUGACCCUCACUCGCUCCACGGCCACUACACGGAUCUUUCGGACCCGCCAGAUUUGUUCGCGUCGCUGCACGAGGAACAAAUCCCACCGCCCCCCGAGGACAUGAACCCGUCGGAUCCAGAUUUGGUACCGCAUGAGCAGGAGCUACGGUUUGAUGGUGAUUUGUACACGCCCAAGUGGGUGCGCGGCCACGGCAACAAGCGCGAGGGCUGGUGCGGCAUUUGCAAGCCUGGACGUUGGCUAGUACUGAAGAACUCAGCAUUCUGGUACGACAAGAGCUUCACUCACGGAAUCAGCGCCGCCACUGGCCAGCCUUUCAAUGAGCCCCAGGAGACGAGACGCAUGGACGGCAACCCUGAUGUUUGGGAAGGUCUCUGCGGUAGCUGCAACGACUGGAUAGCACUGGUCAGCAGCAAGAAGAAGGGUACAACAUGGUUCCGACACGCUUACAAGUGCCACACCCAUCCCAAGAUCAAGGAUGCUCCCAAACGCCGCAGAGAGAGCAGCCAUCAAAAAUUGGCCGCUUCCACAAUGGCUAAGCCCAAAGUCGAGCCGGGACAGAAGAUGCAACAAGAUACGCCGGUGACGCCACAGCAGACAGCGGUCUCUAUGGCAAUCUCGAAUACCCCAAACCAUGCGCAAAUCACUUCUCAUCCGCAACAACAACACCAGCAGCAGCAGCAACAACAACAACAUCAACAACAACACCAUCAGCAGCAGCCAGCGGAGCAGCGUCACAGCUACCAACAUCAGUAUCAGCAGCCAAUGGUCCCACCACCCGUUCCUGCGCACAUGCAGAUCCAAGUGUCCGCCCCUGGCCAUCAGCGAAACUCGGCCUCGCCCAUGGAUGGCAUCACCAAUAUGAUUUGA